CAGGCGGAGAUUGUGGCUGUAUAACGUUGCCCUCAUCAUUUGCGGACUCAGUGUGGCGCUCACGACACGAGGCGGCUCGUACGGGGUCCUGGUCCUGACCACCUCGGUGUUCGGGUGCACCUCGGGUGCGUACGUGGGGCUGACCUCGGUGAUCCUGGUGGACCUGCUGGGGAUCGAGGUCCUCACGAACGCGUUCGGGCUGGUCCUGCUCUUCAACGGGAUCGCUUCCCUCAUCGGGCCCCCCAUCGCCGGAUGGCUGUACGACGGCCUGGGAUCCUACGACUCGGGCUUCUACGUGGCCGGGACGGUGAUCACCCUCAGCGGGCUCAUGCUCUUCUGCAUCCCCCUCGUGGAGACGCUGCAGGCGCCCAAGGCCUUCAAGGAGGGCCAGGAGGAGGAGGGGAGGGCGAAGGUUCAUCACACUCUGGCGUAUUACAGAGAGAGGCUGAUCGAGGAGAGGGAUCGGACCGACUGCGAUAUGUAGAUUACGUGCUUGUGAUGGGAGAGUCGUGGUGCGUGGUUUCGUGGCAGUGCCUUAUUCCAGAUGAAAUUUUUUUGCCCGGUGUUCGUUCUAUUCAGUGACGGUGUUCAUAGCGGCAAACGCGGCAGUGGCCUUUAAAGGCGAUUGAAUUAUUUUUUCAGCUCCUGUGAAUAACAAACAUUCGAAAUUAGCCUACUAAACGCUUCGAUUGUGGUAAAUGGUUCGGUGAGAUGGAAAUGCUCCGACUUUGGACGAGACAAUUUAAACUUUGUGUUGAAGACAAACCUAAAUCUGAAGUUGGAGCUCAUUUCCAUUACGCGAAGAUGAGAUGUUUGGCUUCAAGGGAUUUUUUCAUCUCUCCAUUUAAUUAUUUCUAACUGAAUUUUUAAAAUGUACAUUCCAUUCAUCUCACGUUUGAAUCCUUCCAACAACCGGGGUGACCCGAUCAGCUACGUACUGUCAGUAUUACAGGAAAGAAGUAAAAAAUUUAUAUUUAGUCUUAGAGUCAAAAUGACACAAUAGCUCUCUCCAAAG